UUAAUUGUUGCUGUAUUCAACAAUGGUUGCUUAAAAUAAAAAAUUAGAAGAAAGUGUAAGAAAUACAAUUUUUUUGUUCUUUUGAUCGCUACUCGUAUUGUAAUUCUGCACUAACGUCAUUCUGUAUAAAAAUACUAAAAUAUAACCAAUGCCAAAACAGUUGGACGGGAAGUGGGUAGGGGAAGAGACAAAUAUGAAUAUUUUUGGAACAAUUUCGAAAUGAGUGAAAGCGUUAAAGCAAUUGUACGUUGCCGUCCACUUAACGAAAGAGAAAUCGAUACAAAUGUUGAUAUAGUAAUUUCUGUGGAUCCAUUAGAACGACAAAUCACUCUAUCUCAUUCUAACAAUGCCCAACGUUCAUUUACAUUUGACCACGUUUUUGCCACAGACGCUACUAAUGAAGAAAUUUACAACGAAGCUGUGUCACCUUUAGUUCAAAGCGUUCUUCUUGGUUAUAAUGGUUGUGUUUUUGCAUUUGGUCAAACUUCCUGCGGAAAAACAUUUUCCAUGCAAGGAGUACAAAAGCCAGCUUCUCAAAGAGGUGUUAUGCCACGUGCUUUUCAACAGAUAUUCGAAUGCAUUCAAACAACCGAUGUCACUUAUUAUCUUGUUCGAGCAUCUUAUUUAGAAAUAUAUAAUGAAGAAAUUCGUGAUUUGUUACAAAAACAAAACCACCAUAAGCUUGAAGUGAAAGAACAUCCGGAAAAAGGAGUAUACGUAAAAGACUUAACAAACAUCGAGGUGACUUGCAUUGAAGAUAUGGAAGAAGUACUUGAAAUAGGUAGCUGGAAUCGUGUUUUAGGGUCAACAGCGCAAAAUCCAGAUUCAUCUCGAUCACACUGCAUAUUUACUGUUGAGUUUGAAAUUUCUUUCUUUAGUGAUCAAGACCAUCAAGAACAUUUUAGAUCAGGUCGAUUAAAUUUGGUUGAUUUGGCGGGAAGCGAGCGUCAACGCCAUUCCAAAUCAGAAGGAGAUCGUUUUCGUGAGGCUACCAAAAUUAACUUAUCUUUGAGUGCGUUAGGUAAUGUUAUAUCAGCCCUUGUAAACGAGAAAUCAAAGCACAUACCUUAUCGAGCAUCAAAACUGACGCGUUUACUACAAGAUUCCCUUGGAGGUAACUCACGUACCCUUAUGAUUGCCUGUGUUAGCCCUGGUGCUAACAAUUACGGUGAAACAUUAAGUACUCUUCGUUACGCUAAUCGAGCAAAAAAUAUUAAAAACAGGCCUCGAAUUAAUGAAGAUCCUAAGGAUAGCAUGAUUAAACAAUAUCAAAAAGAAAUAAAAGUUUUACGUCACUUAUUAUCUAACCAAAUUAAAAUAUCCGGUGAAACCCCUCUGCUACCCCCUCCUAUUUCUUUUGAAAUAAUUGAGGACAAAAAACCAAAUCGCACAGCAGUUGUUAUAACUAAACAAGAGAGAUUAGCUUAUGAGCAACAAAUCUCAGGACUUCAACAUAAGUUUGAUUAUGAACAUACUUCGCGUGAAAAGUUCGAAACAUCUUUAAAAUCUACGAAAGCUGAUUUUGAAAAUUACCGGCUAAAAAACGAAUACAAGAUCCAUAAGCUUAAAAUAGAAUAUCAACUAAAAAUAAAGAAAUUAGAAAAACUGCUACAACUAACAAAAGACGAUGCAAGUGAUGAAUCAGCUUACGUAUCCAACGACAGCGACGAAACGGAAAACAUUUGCCCAUACUUUAGUUAUAAAAAAGACAAAAGCACUUUACUUAGUCCUGUUACUGAAAACUCUCACUUAUGGAGUUAUCAAUGGUUAAAAUGUUACUGUGAUUCUAACGGCAAGACUAUGAGUAAAAACGUUUUUUUAACUUCACAGUCAAACAAUCAAUUUCACUGCAUAUGCAGUGAACAAAUUAAAAAAAAUUUAACGAAUGAAAAAGAAAGUCAAACUUGUCAGAUUUGCAUUAGAAGGUUAAAGUUAAGCAGCAUUGAUUUCAAUAAUAUUGACUAUAACAACAUAGAUUACAGCGAUUCUGUCAGUUUAGUGACUUCUCAACCUAGUUCUAUAGAUGAAGAUUUUCACAGAAAAGAGCUUGAACAGAAACCACGACUUCGUAACGGGAUUUGCUGUUUCAUACCAGGAAUUUCCUUUUUUGGCGAAGCAAAUUAACAGAAUAUAAACUAAAUUUUACAACAACAGUUUCAGAAUAAUUAUAAUAUUAAAAAUUUAAAAAAGUUUAAUGUUUUA